ACAAAAGCAGUGAUUCCCAGGCUGUCUUGACAAUGUACCCUGUUUCCUGACACACUUACGAGUGAAGGUGAACUCUCCUUUUUACAAGAAGAAAAUUUUGGUGGAGACCUAUCUGACACGGAAGGGACGUGUGGCUAUCAAGAUAGACAAGAAGAAGGGAGGCAAAUUCCAGCCUUUUAAGAAGUUGUUUGGCAAAAGGAAAAAGAAAGACACUUCGUUGUCCCGGGAGGCAUCAGUGGGGAAGAAGAGUCACUCUCCCCAGAGUGUCAGCAAUGGGACCUUCUCUUCGGAUGAGGAGACCCUGGAGGACAAUCUAAGGUCCUUCAACUAUUCUAUGGGAACCCGGGCAUUUUCCCAUGACAGUAUUUUUAUCCCUGAUGGGGGAGCGGAAAGUGAGCAGACAGUUCAAGCAAUGUCACAGGACAACAUCCUGGGCAAAGUCAAAACUCUUCAGCGACAGCUGGGCAAGAACAUCAAGUAUGGGCAGCCACCACCCAGUGCCAUUCCCAUGAAGAAGGCAGACAGUGGGGAGGCUAGCUUAGAAGAGGAUCUGUUCCUGACCAGUCCCAUGGAAAUCGUGACUCAGCAGGACGUCGUCCUCUCAGACGCUGAGAACAAAUCCAGUGAUACGCCAAGCUCUCUGAGUCCUCUGAAUCCACCUGGAGCCCGAAGUGAGAUGGAAGAGAAGGUUGUUCCAGUUAAACCGUCUCGGCCAAAAAGGCACUUCUCUUCUGCUGGCACCAUCGAGAGUGUCAACCUAGAUGCCAUCCCCCUGGCCAUUGCUCGCCUGGACAACAGUGCGGCCAAGCACAAACUGUCCGUUAAGCCAAAAAACCAGAGGGUGUCAAAGAAGCACAGGCGACUUGCCAGGGAUCGACCAAAUGAGCAAGGUGGCCUUCUGCACCAGCUGUCCCUGGACCAGAACGGACACCCUGCAGAAGACAAGCCAAUUUGGCGUGAAGAGGAGCCAGAGCCGCUGGAACCUGAAGAAGAGAAGAGACGCCAAGAAGAAUACUGGCGAGAACUUGAGGCCAAGUGCAAACGGCAAAAGGCUGAAGCAGCCGAGAGGAGACGCCUGGAGGAGCAGAGACUCCAGGCCCUGGAGAGGAGGCUUUGGGAGGAGAACAGAAGGCAGGAGCUCUUGGAGGAGGAAGGAGAGGAAGAGGAGGGAGAGGAGCAAGAACUACAGCUAGCAGCAGAGGAGAGGCAGAGACUGGAACAGCAAGGUUGCCAAGGCCAAGAGCAGAGGGAGCAAGAGGAAAGGAGGCACGUGGAGGCCCAGGAGCAGGAGCAGCUGGAGGAGGAGGCCCAGCGACCUGAGAGACUCGAGCUGGAGGAGCAGGGACGGCGGGAGGCCGAGAAGCAGCGGCUGGAGGAAGAGGAGAGGAGGCUGGAGGAGCUCAGGCAGCAGGAGGAGCUGGAGGAGCAGAGAUGGCGGGAGGAGGAGGAGGCAAAGAGAAGGGAAGAGCUGAGGGAGCAGGAGGAAACGGAGGCACAGAGGCUGCGGGCAGCGGAAAAGGAGCGUGGAGAAGCACUGAGAGGAGAAGCGAGUCAGCUGGAGCUAGCCGACAGAAGGGGCUUGAGGAGCCCACUUCAGACGGACUUUGCAGAGAAACCAGAAGAACAAGAACACCUGAAACCCAAGAAGCAGAGAGAAACCUCUGAGGAACCAAGUAUUUUCGAGAAGCAGAACCGAGAGGCCGAGCCAUCAGGAGAGCGGCGGGGAAAGCAGGGAGAUUUUUAUGGGGAUGAUCGUUGUGUUCCAGAGGAAAAGAGAGAAGAAACUAACAUAGAGCCCCCCCAGAAACAAGAGGCGCAAGUGGAAGAGAGGCUGGCUCCAGCGCAGACGAAGGAAGCUGCGGCUUCAGAAAAGGACAGAGAGGUGGAGGAGCUCAGAUGGCAGGAAGUGGAUGAGAGGCAGACCAUGCCCAGACCCUACACUUUCCAGGUAUCAUCCGGAGGGAAACAAAUUCUCUUCCCCAAAGUCAAUCUGAGUCCAGUGACACCCGUGAAAGACACAGGACUUGCCUCUGCUCCCCAUGAGCCACAGGCCCCCAGAGCCAGCCCAGCCUCCCACGCCCUGCCCUCGUCCCUGAGCAUCCCCCACACCGCCAUUCUUGUCACAGGAGCACAGCUCUGCGGCCCGGCUGUCAACCUGAGCCAGAUCAAGGACACAGCGUGCAAGUCUCUCCUGGGCUUGUCAGAAGAAAAGAAGCACCUGGAUGUCCCCGCCGUAGAGAACCCACCCCGAGCCCCCGUCGACCACCGGUCAGGCAGCGGGAAGGCCAGGCCUCCCCAGGAGUCUCCAAGCAGUGUGGCUGCACUAGCCGAAUGGGCUUCCAUUCGGUCCAGAAUCCUGAAGAACACAGACAGUGACCAGCGCAGCGAGAUAGAUCAGGGGCGGCCUGGUGAUGAGCACACUCCCAGGGGCCGAAGUGAUUCCCGAGGGAAGCUCCAGAAGACCCCGCCACUAAAUGCAAAGUUCUCUAUUAUGCCUGCUUGGCAGAAAUUCUCUGAUGGUGGCACAGAGACCUCCAAACAGAACACAGAAGCAGAAGGCAUUAGAAAAAGACCUGUGCUGGGACCCAGCGAAGAGACAGCACCCCAGCCCCUGGCUGCUGAUCCUAAUGAGCACCGGAAGGGUGCAGAGAAACUGGUGGUGCACCAGGAGCCAAUGGACACCACAGAAGGAUGCAAAUUUGCCAAAGACCUUCCAUCUUUCCUUGUUCCAAGCCUUCCUUACCCUCCACAGAACGCUGUGGCCCAUGCAGAGCCUGGUACCACUUUGGACAGCGAGACUACAAGUGGUAUAGGAAAGCCAGACCCCAUGAUGCCAGGUGGGGAGGAAAAAGCCUCACCUUUUGGAAUAAAGUUGAGAAGGACCAACUACUCCUUGCGCUUCCACUCUGACCAACAGGCCGAACAGAAGAAGAAGAAAAGGCACAGCAGCACAGGGGACACUAUCGAAGGGGGGCCGCCUGCACCAGGGAGCACACAUGGAGAGAAAGAGACACACGGUGUGGCCCUCAGGCAUGGCUCGUCGCUCCCCCCAGAGAGGAAGCAAGCACUGUCCACCUGGAAGGACUCUGCUGAAAGCCCUUCCAGCCGCUCCCCUCCGGCAGCCCAGCCCAGGCCCCCACCAGUGAGCAGCCAGACUCUGGCUCCAGAGCCGGACAAGGCAGCAAACAGAAUGCCGCUGGCGCAGAAGCCAGCCCUGGCUCCCAAGCCCGCCGGUCAGACCCCGCCGUCCUCCCCACUCUCCAAACUGAGCAGGCCCUACUUGGUAGAGCUGCUGGCUCGCCGGGCGGGGAAGGCCGACCCGGAGCCCAGCGAGCCGAGCAAGGAGGGCCAGGAGAGCGGUGCCCCCCGGCCGCCCUCGACACUGCCCCCUGAGGAAAGGAAGGCACAGAAGCGGGAUGAGGAGGAAGAGGUUGCAACAGAGAGAAAACCAGCUUCCCCGGCUCCCUCUGUCACCCGGCAAGAAAAGCCUUCCCAAACACCCGAGGCUGGGAGGAAAGAAAAGCCGGUGCUUCAGAGCAGGCACUCUUUAGAUGGCUCCAAACUUGUGGAGAAAGUUGAAACCGCACAGCCCCUGUGGAUAACGUUAGCACUGCAGAAGCAGAGGGGAUUUCGGGAGCAGCAAGCGACUCGAGAGGAGAGAAAGCAUGCCAGGGAGGCCAAACAGGCAGAAAAGCUCUCCAAAGAGAACGUUGGUGUCAGCUCACAGCCUGGCAGCAGCAGUGUCAGCAGAGCUGGUACCCUGCACAAGUCCACCGCUCAGCCAGAAGAGAAGAAGCCAGAGACCGCAGUGUCCAGACUGGAGCGCAGAGAACAGCUGAAAAAGGCCAACACUCUUCCUACAUCUGUGACAGUGGAGAUCUCUGAUUCGGCUCCCCCGGCGCCGCUGGUGAAAGAAGUCACAAAGAGGUUCUCUACCCCAGACGCUGCCCCCGUGUCAACAGAGCCAGCCUGGCUGGCUUUAGCCAAAAGGAAAGCCAAGGCCUGGAGCGACUGUCCUCAGAUUAUUAAGUAAAGAGUGACUCUUAUCUAUUUCUAUUGCCAGUUAUUGGCUCCUCUCUUGCCCUUUUUAUUUAUUUAUUUUUUAUAUGAGGUAAAGAAACCAAGCUAGGGAAAUGAAGCAUGUUUUAUAGGCUCUAAAAUAAUGCUUAAAACUGAACUGGUGGUGUUCCUUGUAAAGAGUGUAUUUGCACAACCCUAGGUCCUGGUGCCUUGAGCUCCUCCUAGUUCUAAAGAGAAAAUUUCGUUCAAGGGACCACAUGAAGCAAAAUCUCCAAACUAAGAAUUCACAAGAGCCUGCCAUGCCCAGUCCACCGCCCUUCUACACAUGUACAUCCACACACCAUUCAGAACAUGUACUUUUGCCAAUCUCUGUAAUGGUUUCUUGAUUCUCUACUCCAAUUUCUUUUAUCCACAACACUUACCCUACCAUAUGUUUGGGGAUUACUACCCUUUUCUACAGUACUGGUGAAAGGAUCAUAUAUAGAUAGAAACAAGAAUGCCCAUUCUCCUGAAUGCAGUGAGUAACUGUGAAUGGUAAGUAACAGUCUGGCUCCCAACUUUGUGCCCAUGUCUGGUUUUCAUGAAUUUUCCCCAACCUGAAACUGUAACA